AUGUCACGAAAUGGCGACUGUGAAGAAGCUUUCGUAUUAUAUUACGUUAAACAGUUUGCUGAUCUUUUGCAUUUAUCAUACGCCAAUAUUUUAUUAAAGAUCGCGAAUUAUGUUCCUGCUUUGGCUUUUACUUUGCUACCUUAUCUUUUCGCUACGGCAUACAAAGAAAGGCAUGACAUAUCACAGUUUUGCGUGGAUGUGAAUUAUUUACUUACGAAUUUUCCUGAAAGAUUAACUAGAAAUGAUUACCCACUGGUAAUUAGUAUAGUGGCAUGUAUUCGACAAGCACAUGUAAAUUUGGCAUCAGAGCUAGGUUUCCAGAGGUUACCAUUUGAUUUAUCGAAGUUAUCAAAAGUUUGUUUGGAAAUCAAUAUGGCGAAUGAUGCAGAUUACUUUCUGCAUUGCUACCUCGAUCGUUUAAGUGAUCCAAUACGGCCAGUAAUGCAUAUUUUGAAUGAAAAUCGCGGGUUUUUCGACAUGCUCGAUGGAAAGGAAAAUUCUGACAAGCCAGCCGAAUUAUUUAUGGAGAUAUUGAUAAAAAUGGAUGAUGCAGAUUCAUUACGUCCACUUUCUCUACAAAUAAAAGAUAAUAACCAAUGUCAAAUGAUUUUGGCAAAAAACCAGUGUAAUUGGUCACAUUUGGUUUCAUUAGUGCCAACGACUGAUUUAAAAAACCUUCACUCUUUAGCAUUUUAUUAUGCUGGUUUGGAUGUUCCAUCGGAAUUCCAAGAAAUGGCUAGCCUUGCUUGUGUUGAACUCCAACAAUGGGAUAAAGGUUUCUUAAAAAUAUACACCAAGGGAAACACUGGUCAUCAGAUAUAUUCCAUAAUGUACGCUCAGUUAAAGAAACAAUUGGAAUUAUCUCAGCUGUUAUCUGAUAUUGCCAUCAAGCUUAAGUGUGAUGAAAUUGCCAAAUCGUGGAUUGUAUCUCGAGACUUAAUAAACGACUUAAGUCUCUGUUGUGAAGUGAAUGAUCUAGUGCAGCGAAACACACCUCCAGUUCGAGGCUCUAUAUUGAGUUGCCCAUGGAUAGUAUGCAAGUAUGGAGAUGGAUGUGUUCCAGCACGAAUCCUUACUCCGUUGGUUGUGGCUCGAGCCGAGCACCUUUGCAAAAAAAAUGCUUACGAACGUGCUCUUCAAAUUAUUGAGAAGUACCGGAAAUUUAUGGAUAUUGAUGGGAAUGUAUAUCGUGAAUACGACAUCACAAAAGCUCGUAUCUUGAAGAAAUGUGGAUACGAAGAAGCUGCUCGGUUGCUUUUGUCGCAGAUUUGCUCCGCACGGCCAAUCUGCGAUCAUUACAGCAGUAAUUCUUUUGAACUUUCGCUCAAAGCUCGAAUGCAAUUAGCUGAAUUUGAUGUAGCAGCGUAUAGAUCGGAUUUAGCCAUUGAAGCUUUGCAAAUGAUUGUGGAAAAUGCAUUGGAUAGUGGAUAUGAAAAUGUUUUGUUGGUAGCAAAAGCUUAUAGGAAGCUUGCAAUGAAUGCUGAAAAGAAAUUGUUAUUACUGGAAGAUUAUUGUUCUUCUGAAACAUUUAAAGUUAAAGAACGAGCAAUUAGGAAUUGGGAAAAAGAACUAGAAGCAAUAAAGGAAGAAAAACUUCAGGCUAUCAUACAAGGGAAAACGCUGAAGCAUGGAAAGAUGCUUGAGGAAAAGCGAAUUAGAAAAGAAAAGAUGUUUGAAGAAAAGGAACUGGAGCAGUGCUGUAACGACAGAAAUACCCUGAUCUUAACGGCUUUGGAUGCUUAUCUAGCAUCCUUAGAACUUGAUGCAAGUGCUGCGGAUAUUCCAUACCGAAUUUUAUCAUUUUUCGUUAAAGCCAAACAUAACGAAAAUUUGUUGGAGCCGUUGAAGGUACGUUUAAAUCGAUUUCAAUCACGUCCUUGGAUACCUCUCAUAAGUCACCUUUGUUCACAUUUCUUCGAUGAUGCGCCUCUGGCUCCAAUUGUGAGGGAGAUGAUCUCAGCAGCACUGUUCGACUAUCCAUAUCACGUCCUUCAACACAUACUCUUCUAUACCAGCUCGGUGCAUGGGAUGGCAGAUUCUCAGGGUCGAUUACAUCGAGUAGAAGAUUUGUUAAAAGAUGCUUCCACGAAAGAUAAAUCACUCACAAAUCCAAUAACGAUCAUGCGAAAAGCAUUUUCUUUAUACGCACAAUUUGCAACUUCAUCUGUUAAAGCCUUUCAGAAUAAGAAAUAUGCAAGAUCAAGAGCUUCCAUUACGGGUUCUGUAUUGUUAAAUGAAAUUCAAAGCCUUCGAAAUGUUCCCAUUCCGGCUAUCGAACAACCGCUGACUGAUGACUCUUCGCAACUUAUCACUUUUGUGAAAAUUGAAUCAACAGUCAUAGUUGCAGAUGGUUUAACACAACCAACAAUAGUUGCAGUGGUUGGAAGUGAUGGAAAAGUUCGCAAAUUAAUUUUCAAGAACGAGGAUUUACGGCAAGAUUCGCUUGUUGAACAGCUUUUUACGGUGGUGAACAUUCUGUUGAUGGAUGGAAAAAAAACAUUUCCACUACGUACUUAUCAUGUCAUGCCAAUUAAUUCGAAUGCUGGAAUAAUCGAAUUUUGUUUGGGGACAGUUUCGCUUUGUAACUAUAUAUGUGGAGCAGAUCGGAAAAGUGGUAUGCACAAAAAGCUUUAUCCUCUUGAAAUGACGGCAGCUACUGCACGCUUCAAACUUUCACAGGCUCAUGCAAAUCAAUCCAGUAUUGUGGAAACUUACGAAGAAAUAUGUAAGGGCAUUCAUCCUGUAUUUCGGCAUUUCUUUUAUGAUGCUUUCUCGAAUCCAUUUGAGUGGUUCUUUCGUAUCAAAGACUAUACAAUAUCUCUAGCCCGGUGGUCUAUAGUGGGUUAUAUAGUCGGUUUGGGUGAUCGCCACUUGAAUAAUAUUAUGGUUGAGAAAGAAACUGGUCGACUUGUUCACAUCGACCUUGGAAUCGUAUUUGAAUUUGGUAAACGCAACUUGUUAGUACCUGAGCGAGUACCUUUUCGUUUGACAAGAGAAAUCGUUGAUCCCAUUUUGAUUGAGGGCAUCAAUGGAAAAUUUAGGAGUAUAGCAGUGGACACUUUGGAUUGUUUGCGGAAGAAUUCUCAGGCAUUAAUUGGUCUAGCACUCGUACUUUUACAUGAUCCACUAACGAAAUAUCUUGGUGGCGAAAAUGGCAAUCAGUUUGCAACCCUUGCAAUUUGCCGAUUGCGCGAUAAAUUGGCAGGAGUAGAAAAUAGAAUUUAUAUGGAUCCCUCGCAACAGGUUUCUCAUCUGAUUAAAGAGGCAAGUGACCCAGAAAAUCUUGCUCGAAUGUUUGCUGGAUGGAUGCCCUUUCUAUAG